AUGUUGGUCAACAAUCAUGCAAUUGAAACUCGGAGACAACUUCAUAUUACAAGGAAUGACAACACCAGAUUCCGUGUGAUAUGUAUGGGUGGAAUUCCAAAACUGAGUAGUUGUGAAAUAAAUGUUGGAGGACCCUCUCAACCAACUGCAUUUAAGGGUAAAUCUGGAAAUACCCAAAAUGCAACUGGGCCCUCACAAGAUGGGCCUAACCCUAAAAAGAAUACACCACCCACUUGCCCUUGGAUGCUUUAUGUCUCUAAAGUUAAAAAGGCAGGCUCUUGGGUUGUGAAAACCCUAAAUAAAGAACAUGAAGAUCUUCAAAGGAAAUAUCAAGUUGAAGUGACUUUGCACCAAGUUUUUAGGGCUAAGAUGAAGGCAACAGAGAAAGUGCAGGGUCACUAUAGGGCUCAGUAUGAGAAUCUUAGGAAUUAUUGUGAGGAGCUUCUCAGAUCUAAUCCUGGAAGCACAGUUAAGAUAGAUGUUGAACCUUGUGGCAAUCCUAGCAGUCCAACAAAGCAAUUCAGGAGGAUAUAUGUUUGCUUAGGUGCAUUAAAGGCUGGAUUUAAAUUGAUAGGGAGACCUAUACUGGGGCUUGAUGGAUGUUUUUUGAAAGGGCCAUUCCCUGGCCAAAUUCUCACAGCAGUAGGAGUGGAUGGCAACAAUGGGAUUUAUCCUGUUGCCUAUGCAGUGGUGGAGGCUGAAACAACUGCAAGUUGGACAUGGUUUCUUGGGUGUUUAGGUGAUGAUCUUGAACUGGAACAUAACAGUAAUUUCAGCUUCAUAACUGACAGGCAAAAGGGAUUAAUACCUGCUAUACUGAAAGUGUAUCCAAGCUCAGAGCACAGAUAUUGCCUGAGACAUAUACAUGAAAAUAUGAAAUCAAAAUGGGGUGGUGAUGAAUACAAAAACCUGUUGUGGAACUGUGCAUCUGCAUCAACAGUUCCUGAGUUUGAAAAGGCUAUAAAGGCAGUUCUUGAUAAGGACAAAGGACUACAUGAUUGGCUAAAAGAAAUUCCAACCAAACAUUGGGUCAGAGCCUACUUCACAGGCAGGGCUAGAGAGUACCUUAUGAAGAAGAUUGUUGUGGUGAAUAACAAGAUUGGCAAGUGCAAAGGCCCAUUAACACCAGCUGCUACUGCUGUACUUCAAACUGCAAAGACUGAGGCUGCAGAAUACACUGUAAUCUGGACCGGGGGAACAAAGUUUCAGGUUAGCACACACUUCAAUGACCACCAAGACCAGAGAGUUGUGGUAUUAGAUGAAAGAACAUGCUCUUGUAGGAGAUGGGAUCUAACAGGCAUCCCAUGUUGA